AUGAAGACCGGGUAUUUGCAAACUAUCGAAAUCCCAUCUGAGAAUGAAAUCAUUAUCAAAGACCAAAUCUACGGCGAUCACAGAAUCACGGAGCCCGUCCUGAUCGAACUGCUGCAAUGUCCUGAGCUGACGCGUUUGAGAGGCGUCUGCCAGCACGGUAUCACAGGCCUACUGGGACUCAGUCCGACCGAGACCCGAUACGAGCACUCGGUCGGGGCAUUUCUACUCGUGCGCAAAGUCGGAGGCAGUCUCGAGGAACAAGUCGCCGGUUUACUCCACGACAUCAGCCACACGACACUCAGCCAUGUAAUGGACUGGGCGCUCUCCAAACCCGGUGAAAGUUUCCACGAAGUCCACAAAGAGCGGUAUAUUCGCACCACGCAGCUGCCGCAGAUCCUGACCAGGCAUGGAAUCGACCUGGACGUGUUCAAUGAAGAGCUGUAUCCUCUUGUUGAACGGCCGUCGCCUCGUCUCUGCGCCGAUCGGCUGGACUAUGCGCUACGCGAUACCUUGAUCUUUGGAAAGUUGUCCCUCGUCGAGGUGAGAGGUGUGUUUGAUUCUCUGACGGCGUUCCCGAGCGAGAACUCGCCCGACCGUCUCCUGACGCUGUCGGAUCCUAAGCUGGCGCUGUCGCUGGCCAGGGCAUACAUAGCGGUGGAUCGAGAGGUCUGGUGCAACGAGGCUCAUGUCGACAUGUACAGGCAGACGGGCCAGCUGAUUGGGGAUAUGGUGAGAAGGGGGGUCAUUGAAGAGGAGGUUGUUUGGAAACUGUCGGAUCAGGAUUUCUGGCAGCUCCUUCGCAGUAAGGCGGACCAGAAGGGUCGAGAAGUGAUGGAUCGGUUGGAGUCUGGGGUUUCUUCUGACAAGGAUCUACGACUGCCUCGAGCGGCAAAGAUUCGCACGAUUGAUCCGGAUAUUUUCUUCACGGACAUUUGCCCGCUGCCUUUAUCGGCGGUGUUUCCUGAAUGGGCUUCUGAACGACAGGAGUAUAUUUCGAGUCGUCAGGCCUUACUGGAAUAG